UGUUGAGCCCGCGAGGAGUGAGGCUGAGCCUGGCCGUGCGCGCUCCCAGAGGGCCAGCUCCUGAGACGGAGUUCCUUCUCCGCUGCUUCUGGCUCCGGGCCCCUCCUGCCCAGGGCAAUGCAUCCUUGAGUGGCGGCGUCUGGACCCCAGGCAGCCCCAGAGGACCGAAGCCAAGGAAAGAAGACUGGGGCCAAGACACGCGCCGGGGGCUUGGAUGCCUGGCUUUCUCUGAGGACAUCUUUGGAGCGAGGGUGGCUUUGGGGUGGGGGGUUGUGCUGCAGGGAAUCCAGCCAGGCCCCAAGAUGGACACUUCUGGGCACUUCCAUGACUCGGGGGUGGGGGACCUGGAUGAAGAGCCCAAGUGUCCCUGUCCAUCCUCCGGGGACGAGCCCCAGCCGGCGGCGGCCCCCCAGCAGCCCCCGGGACCCCUGGUGCCGCCUCAGCCCGCACAGCUCCAGCCGCCGCCGCCGCCGCCGCAUCCCUUGUCUCUGCUCGCCCAACUCCAGAGCCAGCCUGUCCAGCCGGGCCUGCUGCACUCCUCUCCCACGACGCUCAGGGGCCUCCCUUCGGCCAACUCCACCGCCGUCCUCCACCCUUCCUCCAGGCAGGGCAGCCAGCUCAAUCUCAAUGACCACUUGCUUGGCCACUCUCCAAGCUCCACAGCCACAAGUGGGCCUGGUGGAGGCGGCCGGCACCGGCGGGACAGCAACCCGUUCACGGAGAUCGCCAUGAGCUCCUGCAAGUACAGUGGUGGGGUCAUGAAGCCCCUCAGCCGGCUCAGUGCCUCCCGGAGGAACCUCAUCGAGGCCGAGCCCGAAGGCCAGCCCCUCCAGCUCUUCAGCCCCAGCAACCCCCCCGAGAUCAUCAUCUCCUCCCGGGAGGACAACCAUGCCCACCAGACCCUGCUCCGCCACCCCAGCGCCACCCACAACCACCAGCAUGUCAGCACCACUCCCAGCAGCACCACCUUCCCCAAAGCCAACAAGCGGAAAAACCAGAACAUUGGCUAUAAGCUGGGACACAGGAGGGCCCUGUUUGAAAAGAGGAAGCGGCUCAGUGACUAUGCUCUGAUUUUUGGGAUGUUUGGAAUUGUUGUUAUGGUGAUAGAGACCGAGCUCUCUUGGGGUUUGUACUCAAAGGAUUCCAUGUUUUCGUUGGCCCUGAAAUGCCUUAUCAGUCUGUCUACCAUCAUCCUUUUGGGUUUGAUCAUCGCCUACCACACGCGGGAGGUCCAGCUCUUCGUGAUCGACAACGGCGCGGACGACUGGCGGAUCGCCAUGACCUACGAGCGCAUCCUGCACAUCAGCCUGGAGAUGCUGGUGUGCGCCAUCCACCCCAUCCCCGGCGAGUACAAGUUCUUCUGGACGGCCCGCCUGGCCUUCUCGUACACGCCGUCGCGGGCGGAGGCCGACGUGGACAUCAUCCUGUCCAUCCCCAUGUUCCUGCGCUUGUACUUGAUCGCGCGCGUCAUGCUGCUACACAGCAAGCUCUUCACCGACGCCUCGUCCCGCAGCAUCGGCGCGCUCAACAAGAUCAACUUCAACACCCGCUUCGUCAUGAAGACCCUCAUGACCAUCUGCCCGGGCACCGUGCUGCUGGUGUUCAGCAUCUCGCUGUGGAUCAUCGCCGCCUGGACCGUGCGCGUCUGCGAAAGGUACCAUGACCAGCAGGACGUCACCAGUAACUUCCUGGGCGCCAUGUGGCUCAUCUCCAUCACGUUCCUGUCCAUCGGUUACGGGGACAUGGUGCCCCACACAUACUGUGGGAAGGGCGUCUGUCUACUCACCGGUAUCAUGGGUGCGGGCUGCACUGCCCUCGUGGUCGCCGUGGUGGCCCGAAAGCUGGAGCUCACCAAGGCAGAGAAGCACGUCCACAACUUCAUGAUGGAUACGCAGCUCACCAAACGGAUCAAGAAUGCUGCCGCCAACGUCCUCCGGGAAACGUGGCUGAUCUACAAACACACGAAGCUGCUGAAGAAGAUCGACCACGCCAAAGUCAGGAAGCACCAGCGGAAGUUCCUCCAGGCCAUCCACCAACUGAGGAGCGUCAAGAUGGAGCAGAGGAAGCUGAGCGACCAAGCCAACACCCUGGUGGACCUUUCCAAGAUGCAGAACAUCAUGUACGACCUGAUCACAGAACUCAACGAUCGGAGCGAAGACCUGGAGAAGCAGAUCGGCAGCCUGGAGUCCAAGCUGGAGCACCUGGCUGCAGGCUUCAGUUCCCUGCCCCUCCUCAUCGCCGACGCCCUGCACCAGCAGCAGCAGCUCCUGUCGGCCAUCGCCGAGGCCCGGGCCGGCCCCGCGGGCGCCACCCACACGCCCCCAGCCUCCGACAGCCCCCUCGGGGUCAGCUCCACCUCCUUCCCGACCCCAUACACAAGUUCAAGCAGUUGCUAGAUAAGCCCCCCACUCCAGAAGCAUUGCCCAUAGGUCUUAAGAUGCAAAUCAACUCUCUCCUGGUCACUCUGCCAUCAAGGACCCAUCGGACCAGGGACCGUAAAGAGGAGAGACCGAGCUAAUCACCCAACUCGUGUUCAUUCAGCGUGCUUGGUUCAACAUGCCUUGAAACUGGAAAUCUAAUCUCUGUUUAGGUGCCUCUACUUGGGAGCAGGAAGAGGAGGUGAGAGGAUGCGGGCCCCUGGCAUCAGGGCUGGUGCAGAACAGAAAUCCACGCUCCAUCUCAGGUCUCACGUGGGGGGCGGGGGGGCAGGUGCACGAGGCAGCCAAGAGAGAAGGAGCCCAGAAGAGGGUUCCAGGGGGGUGGCUUCAGGCUCGGGGGGGUCCCUCCCUAUUGGGGCCUCAGGAAGCCUCCGGGCGACAAAAGGCAGGAAGGGCAGCCACAACUUGCCGAAACAGACGUUCUUUCCUCCCGUACCUUAACCAGUCAUAAAACCCAUUUAGACUAAAAAAAAAAAGACAAAUAAAAAGCCAGAUUUUCCUGUGUGUCUGCAAGUGUGUGCACGCACACACCCCCACAUCCAACACAGGUCUGUCCUUGUUUGAGUUUGACCCGAAGAAAAAGGGACCUGGUACCUCACCCCGCACACAGUAGGCACUAAAUACGUGUGGAGUCAGUUUGAAUCCGAACGUGGGUGCCUUCGGCUCAGGUAGUUUGCUGGUUGGGCACAUCCUGAGCUUCACUAAGACGCAGGCCCCUUCAGACAACAACGCAGGUGCCCACCCUGGACACGCACCGCCCUUGCUGGGUUUGAGAUGGACGCCGAGCCACACUUGUUGGCGGUCUAGAGAGAUAAGCAGCCUUCUAAAACCAACAGCCUGUGCAGAAUUUUCUCCUUAUAUCCAAACCGCUGUGUCCCGGUGGAGCGGGUGACCCGCGUGGGUAUGUAGUGGGAGGGGACGUGCGCACACAGGUGCAGCCCAGGGAGGCCCCCGUGAGGAGGAGCGUGGUCUGGGGAUCUGCUCAGCCACCCUCAUCCAGCAGCGGUGCUCCCACCCCAGGCGUUAGGAGCGCAGAGGGGUCCAGUGCCGCCCCCCGAGAGCUGCUGAGCUGGGACACGUGGUGGUGAGUGGCCCGUGUGGCCCCUUCUCCCCGACCUGAGACCACCUGAGAAUGAAAGAAUCUGAGGAUGAGGGCCCUUAGGGAGGCUUGUGGGUAAGGUGAGGUGACGGAUCUGUCAGCAGCCCGUUCCUACUGUGCCAUGUUAAUCUUGGUGCAAAAACCGUUCGAAUUUGUCUCAAACUCCAAGAAACUUGAGAAACCUCCAGACCCAGCGCAGUGCCCGGCAUCGGGGGUGAGGCACAUGGACCCCAUCUCUCAUUGCUCUGUACGUGACCGUUCGCAACGUUCCUGUGUUUCAUCGCUCUUCUCGUCGUAGGGUCUUUGGCUGCAGCUGGUGGGGAGUUAGACGAGACGGUGUGGAAUGUUUCAUCUGCUUCGGGCAGAGCGUCACGGUGUCAUCUGCGCAUGGUUGUUCUGCGGGGCUUCGCUGUGCACGGGACAUGUCACUUCCCUGACAUCAGAGCUGGGCCAGGUCUUCUAGGGGCAAGGGGAUCACUAGGUGGCAAAGGGUAGAUGACCCUAGAGCCCAGCUACUCGUUCCAGAAGACCUGGUCUCUUGCUAAACUUCCUCUUUUAUCUCCUUUUCCGGCCAUUGUUCCGCCCACAGUCUUGUCCCCGUCUUGGUGACUCCUGGGAGCAUUUCCAUUGGCUGUUUUGCAGACACCAUACUUGCUGCUGGCUCUUUGUUUUUUCACUUGUUCCUUUAACUGUCGAUUAUCUGAAAGAUCACCCUCCUUUUUUAUGUCCCAAGAACGGGCUCCCGUUUCAGUGACGUAUAGCGGAACCGGGAAACAGACGUGCGCGUAGAUGAAGUUACCGUGCAGGGUCUUUGCGGCCAGAGCUCCAUCUCACAAGGGGGAGGCUGCAGGCAGGUGGCCCUGCAUGCGCCCGUCCUGGUCGCUGACCUGCAGCCCUCCCCGCUCCCUCCUGUUCGCCGUCUCCGUUCUGUGUGCGCACAUACAGGGAUUUAGUCUUAACCUCAAAAAAAUGACGUGCAAGAUGCCGCUGACCCGCCCAGGUCAGUGGGUGACUGUAGGCCCUCAUUCAUGCUGUGCACCUCAGUGAAUCCUGAAGACCAGGCCAGCAGCCCUGGUGGGGGGGCGCUGGCAUGCCGGGACACGUGGGCAUCCGUGGCAUGACGUGGCCUAUUGGUAGUGUGACAGCUGGUGUGGUUGACAGUGGUGAUCACGCCUGCUUCCUGGCCUCACGAUGUGACCGGGAGGCUGCUUCUCUGUCCUAGUGUUUCAGCUUUGUGUGGGGGAAGUGAUCCCUUCUCCAGGAGUGCAAUCAACCCCGAUGACCUCAGUAUUGACUACCCAAAGUGUAGGCCCCUCCAGGCUUUCUCCCUACAGCCCAUCUUCUGGUUAAUUCCACUGUGCCUCAGCAUCACGGUCAGAUGGAAAACGGUGGCAGGUGCCUUCUUGCUCCUUAUUCUCAAGUUUAGUGGCGGAGGAGGUUUCGUUAGCUACUCGAGAAUUGGCUAUAUGUCAAAACCAUUCGUUACAAUAACCUCACUCUAAUACUGAACUGAUUGAGUUCUGCCCACUCCUGGAAGGCCGGCCCAGUGGCAGAGCCCCGCUAUGACUUUUCUGAUAACUUAGUGACGGGUAAGAUACCCUAAUGGUCCCGAAAAUAUCUAGACACUUGAAUAAAAACUGCAGAGCCACCCCUCAUCAUGUAAGCCAUACUCUAGCCUCAUGUACUGUAAAGCCAGGGACGUACUGUGAUACUUUAAGACCACUGGUCUCCGUGGAAUUUCAGGACAUAGCAUCAGCUGGUAAAUUUUACCAGACUAGGGGCUCCGUCCUCCUUAGACUGAAGUCCAAAUACAAAUCUGCACCUUUGGGUCAAAGGCCACCCAUGUCUGAUCAUCAUCAAUAAAUUGUCAUAAAGUG